AUGUGCUCACACACUUACUACGUUUGUGAAAUAUUGUAUAUGUCGUUGACGUUACCGUGCAUGUAUGGAAUGACACUUGCGUAUCUAUUAAUGGCUUUUUCUCGAAAACUCGGGAAGAUGAAGUUGUGCACGUAUUUGCUGCUGAGCUUCUUGGCAGUACGAGCAUCUCCAGAGCCUCGAAAACUGCCAAUAAUUCAAGAGCCACCACAUCACAUCGAGUUCACCAACGACACUGGUGCCAUGCUUAGCUGUACUGCCAGGGGAGAAUACCAGCUGGACUGGCUUCUAUUGGACAAUACACCGGCGAACGCGGUGCUUGGUCUUCGGAGGGUGCUGGCUAAUGGCUCCCUUGAACUUCCGCCGUUCCCUGUUGACAGUUACCGGCGGGACGUACACUCCACUACCUAUAGAUGUAGAAUAAGAUUCAGCAGCGGUUACGCUGUGUUAUCCAGAAAUAUGCAUGUACACGCAGCAUUGAACAUCCCGUGGGAGGUGCACGUGCCGGAUGAGUACGUGAUAGCGGGAAACGCGGCAAUAUUGCGCUGCGUGGUACCAGCACAUUGCGCCGACAGGGUCGGUAGCACGGACUGGUUCACUGAUGAUGAAAUCAGUGUACUGCAGUACUUAGGGUCAAAAUACCAAGGUCUGGAUGACGGAUCACUGUACAUAAGCUCCGUCAGUCCGGACGAUCGAUACAAUGUGUUCCAGUGCCGUGUCCGGGAUCGGAUAACAGGAAGCUUGUAUUCCAGUCAAUAUUUUGGCCAUAUAAUAGUAACAGAGCCAAAAGGCGGUGUGAGACCUCGAGUAGCAGUGCAAACGCGGUCACGUCGGGUACAAUCCGGACAAAACGUCCGGUUACCAUGCGCAGCGCAUGCUUGGCCGGUCCCCACAUACAGGUGGUUUCGUGAUCACCAAGAGCAACUAAUACCAAUAGAAAAGACUACCAUGUGGGAGCGAGCAAAACUAUUAGGUGGCGGUCUGCUCAGCAUUCAGAGGGUACGGCGUGAAGACUCCGGCAGGUUUGUUUGCUGGUUGAACAAUACCGUUGGCGGAGAAUCCAUACACUUCAGUCUUAUUGUCACAGAUCCUAUCUCCGUCCGCAUAAAACCCGAAGUGGUACGAACGAAAAGCAAUUCAAACGUUAGUUUUGAAUGUAAAGUCUCCGGACACCCCAUUGAGAUUGUCUACUGGGUACACGAUGCGAGACUUCUCAAGUCAAACGACAGAAUUAAAUUAUCAGAAGAUGGCCUAAGAUUGCAUAUCAAGAAUUCACAAAUAUACGACCAGGGAAUCUAUCAAUGUUUUGCGAGUAAUUCGAGAGAUCAAGCGUAUGGUAUAGCAGAAUAUAUAAUAAAUAUGACCGAAGGGCGGCCGCGGACGGCGGGCAACCGCUCAAGGCGCGCCCCCUAUGCUCGAAGCUCCCACACACACGAUACAGACUGGAAUUUCACUGGCACUAGAGAAACGAAACCUGAACUAGUGUACUGGUUCUCAGAGCAAACUCUACAACCAGGACCCAGUGUAUCUUUGAAGUGUGUAGCAAUGGGACAUCCACCACCACAGUUCACAUGGUUGCUGGACGGCUUUCCUAUCCCCACAAAUUCCAGGUUCGUCGUGGGACAACACGUUACUCUACAAGACGAUGUCGUCAGUCAUCUUAAUAUAAGUCGUGUGACUGAACAAGAUGGUGGCGAAUAUGCUUGUGUUGCCAGUAACACGGCCGGAAAAUCUUUGCAUGCUGCCAGAGUGAACGUUUAUGGACUACCUUACAUAAGAGAGAUGCCUAAAGUGACUGCAGUGGCCGGCAGUGACUUAAAUAUAAAAUGUCCCGUUGCUGGAUAUCCUAUUGAGUCGAUUUCAUGGGAAAGAGACGGGCAGACUUUACCUCUCAACCGGCGACAGAAAGUGUUUCCCAACGGGACACUGAUAGUGGAGCAAACACAGCGAGGCGAGGAUGCCGGAACUUACACCUGCCAAGCAGCGAAUCGGCAAAGACAUGCUGCCCGACGAGACGUAGAAGUUCAAAUAUUAGUUCAACCGAAAAUCUUGCCAAUUCAACCGCUCACGAAUUUGUUAAGAGAAGGAAUGAGGGCAGCGAUUUCUUGUCAGAUAUUAGAGGGAGACUUACCAAUAGCGUUUCGAUGGGAGAAAAACGGACAGCCAGUAACUUCAUCUCCAUACGCACCCAGCGGCAUAAUUACGAGACGGAUGGACGAAUACAGUGCAUCUUUAGUAAUAGAACAUAUCACUUCACUACACAGUGGAAACUAUACUUGUAUUGCGUCAAACGUAGCUGGAUCCGAACGGUUUACUGUACCUCUGACUGUAAAUGUGCCACCACGAUGGCGUCUCGAACCCAAUGACGUAGCAGUGGCGGCCGGACAAGAUGUCACACUGCAGUGUCAAGCUGACGGUUAUCCCAAACCGACAAUUACGUGGAAAAAGGCUGUUGGUAACACUCCCGGUGAAUAUAAAGACUUCAUGUUUGAAGGCAGUUCCAGAGUGUUAGAAAAUGGUUCUCUCGUAUUUGAGCGUGUAGCGAAGGACUCCGAAGGACAUUAUUUGUGCGAAGCAAGAAACGACAUCGGAGCUGGCUUGAGUAAGCUCAUAUUCCUCAAAGUCAAUGCGCCGGCUCGGUUUCCAAUGAAAAGCAAAACAGUACAAGUGACAGCGGGAGAGGCCGCGCACCUGCAAUGCGCUGCUUCUGGUGAUGCACCGUUGGAAGUUAGCUGGCGUAGUCCACAUCACCAUACAAUCGCUCACCAUUUAGACCAAAGAUAUACAAUUCGGGAACAAGUUCUAGACGAUGGACUGGUCUCCGAAUUGAGUAUAUUGCAGACUUAUAGACAAGACACAGGAGCGCUUACAUGUCGAGCCUCAAAUGCUUAUGGUCAAGAUGAAAUGCUCAUUCAUUUGGUUGUGCAAGAGGUGCCUGAAUUACCGAAAAAUAUAAGAAUAAUCGAUCAGCAGUCGAGGUCGAUACAAAUAUCAUGGACGCAACCAUACGCUGGCAACAGUCCUAUUAUAAAUUACAUUGUUCAAUACAAAGAGGCUACUGAGCCAUGGCCCACCACUCCACAGAAGGUUAUAGUUCCUGGCAGUGUGACGUCAGCAAGCGUACAAAAUCUCCAGCCUGCAACAUCAUACCAUCUAAGAAUCAUAGCUGAAAACAGACUAGGUCAGAGUGAGCCAAGUCAACUUAUACAAGUUACUACUACUGAAGAAGUGCCAAGUGGUCCUCCAUUAGACGUGCGAGUGGAAGCAAAAAGUUCGACAGAAUUAAUAGUGAGCUGGGAGCCACCACAGAGAGACUUAUGGAAUGGAAACAUUCUUGGGUACUACGUGGGAUUUCAAGAACUAAACAGCAACAGUACAGUGCUAAGUGCGAGUGGGCCGGGCGGUGCGUCGUACACGGUUCGUACAGUGGAGGGAGCAGGGACGGCGCGGGCGCGGACCACACUCUCGGGGCUGCAGAAACACGCCGCUUACGCGGUCGUCGUGCAGGCGUACAAUAGUAGGGGCGCGGGGCCAGCCUCGCCACCCACCACUGCUACUACUAUGGAAGACGUGCCAAGCUUGCCGCCGGGUGCCUUACAGUGCACAGCUUUGAGCUCGCAGUCGGUGCGAGCGUCCUGGGAACCGCCACCAGCACGCGCGCGGAAUGGUCUCGUGCAAGGCUACCGGCUUACGUACGCGCCCGUAACCGAUUGGUAUGGUAACGAAGAAGCAGUAACGAAACAGAUAUCAGGACUACACACAACAUUGUCAGGGUUGCGCCGAUACACGAACUACUCUGUGACUGUGUGUGCGUUCACGUCGGCCGGCGAUGGCGUCCGGGCUGCCCCUGUGUAUUGUCACACCGAGGAAGAUGUGCCUUCUGCGCCGGCUGACAUUAAAGCGGUAGUGUCAUCUCGCAAUAAGAUAUUAGUUUCAUGGCUACCGCCGUCGUCACCUAAUGGUGUCCUGGUUGGAUAUACACUCUAUAUGAGCGUCAUAGAAGAUGGAAGAGAGGAAGGUACACACAAAAGGAUGCUUUCCCCGAGCACACUGUCCCACGAGACGGCGCGAUCGCCCCCGCAUGCAACCCACCAGUUCUGGGUGUCGGCCUCUACGCGCCUGGGUGAAGGAGAAGCUACGCGCGUAGUCACAGUAUUGCCAUCCGAGUCUGUGCCCGCUCGCAUAACCUCGUUCAGUCGUAGCAUAGUAACGCCGUGGAAGGAGAACAUCUCGCUGUCAUGUAACAAAGUAGGUGUACCCACACCAACCACCACGUGGAGUAUGAAUGGUGCUACCCUCGAGUCCACAUUACGGAAAAAUGUCAGCAUCGAGGGUACACUCGUCAUUAGCAUGACGCAGUAUGCCGACAGCGGCAACUACACCUGUAUAGUGGACAAUCCCCACGGGCGUGACGAGGUGACAUACAGCGUGGAAGUGAAGGUGCCCCCGCAGCCUCCCGUCCUGGCGGUGGUCGACUCGUACGCUGACUCGUUACACUUGCAGUGGAGCGACCAGGGCGACGGCGGCAGCCCUAUUCUAGGUUAUGUGAUCAACUACAAACGCGAGCAUGGUGACUGGGAAGAGCUCCAAGUGGAAGCGGGUACUUCGGAACACGUACUGCCAAACUUGUGGUGCGGUACUCGGUACCAGCUUUACAUCACCGCCUUCAAUCGGAUAGGAACAGGGCUACCGUGUGACAUUGUACACGCGUACACUAAAGGCACUGUGCCUGUAAAGCCGAAGCAUUCACAAAUGAUAACCCUCAACACAACGACGGUCACAGUGUGGUUAGACUCGUGGGGUGACGGUGGUUGCGGCAUACUGUAUUUUGUAAUUGAGUAUAGAGAAAUCAGCCAAUCACAAUGGCGGCUUGUGUCGAACAGCGUGCAAGCGACGGAGCGCGUGUUCAGCGUGACGGGACUGACGGCUGCCACGCAGUACCAACUUCGUAUCACGGCGCACAACAACGCCGGGCACGCACUCGCACUUUAUAACUUCACCACGCACUCGCUCACCGGACUGCUGGAGGGCGAGGUGUCUCCAGCUGCGCCGGCUGCGGGCGCCCGGGCGCUGGGCGGCGCGCGCGUGCUGCUGCCGGCCGCUCUGUCGCUGCUCGUGCUCGCCGCGCUCGUCGCCAUCGUACUCCUCGUGCGCAGGAACAAAGGUGGCGGUACAGAGACGGUGGCCACGGAGAGCGGGGUCGGCGAGUCACCGUCAGUCGCACAACUCCAGAACAAAGUUAAUCGAGACCAACAGUACCUGGCCGCGAGAGCGCAGCAUCCAGCACCCCAGCACCACUACAAACAUGCCUCUAAUGAGUACAUAGAAGAUAUCUGUCCAUACGCAACAUUCCAGCUGACCAAACCGACUGCGUACAGCGAGAGCAGUUACAGCGGUAACGUGUACAGUGGGCCUUAUCACUCCGUUAGGGGUUCUUUCGUGUACCACGACCUUAAACAAAACGACAAAUAUAAGGGCAAAGAACCUGAGUAUACAAAAGUAAGAAGAAAAGGGAACAGAUUCCGUGAUCCACAUUCCGAGAGUCAAGAGUCGGACAACUUGGGAUCGACGGACUCGGAGGUGAAGAAGAUAUUAACGCUGCACCUGCCCAUUACAGAGUACGAGGACGACGCCAGCGACGACGCCAGCGCCCCGCACUCGGACAGCGAACCUGCAGCGCGGCUGCGACCCGCACAUCCUACCGCCUACCCUUCAGUGGAACGCGAGGAAUCGUCGUCAUCAUCAGAGACGUCACUAGGCGGAGGUGGCGUCCUCGUUAGGAAGGCAUUUCCAUCGCGGAAGGGUAAAGCCGCCGCUCUAGGAAAGCGGCACGUGCGCUCCUCCAGCGGAUACAGCAGUCACAACGACGAGACCACUUUCAGUAUAUCCAAUUAUCCAUCGUUCAACGAUCACAUACAUCCGCCAUCCCGUUUCUCUGACGAUACAGAGUGUGAGGGUCAUCAUCGAAGAAAGCGCGCGCCGCAUCCUCACCCGUCACAUCCAUCACAUCCGCAACAUCCUCAGCAUGCACCAGAAGCUAAGAUGACCAGAGAAGCCUUCCAAAUAAAUGUCUGAGACGCAAAGUAAACGCAGAGGCGUUUAUUAACAUUCCAGUGAAGGUAAGGAUGAAAGCUGGUCCAUGGGACCACAUGAUAUUAAUUAAAAGUGAACUUGAAAAGAACAAUAAAAUCUAAAAGAAAAUAUGACUUAUUAA